ACCUCUCGCCGCCCUCUUCCCCCUCCUCGCCGUCUUCCCCGUUUGGAACGCCAAGCUGCAGCGUCCCCUCCGGCGAAAUGGCCCCGAAGAGAGGCGGCAGGGCGCCGGUGCCGGCGAGGAAGAAGACGGAGAAGGUGACGAACCCGCUGUUCGAGAAGAGGCCGAAGCAGUUCGGCAUCGGCGGCGCGCUGCCGCCCAAGAAAGACCUGCACCGGUUCGUUAAGUGGCCCAAGGUGGUGCGCAUCCAGCGCCAGCGGCGCAUCCUCAAGCAGCGCCUCAAGGUGCCCCCGGCGCUCAACCAGUUCACCCGCACCCUCGACAAGAACCUCGCAACCAACCUGUUUAAGAUGCUCCUCAAGUACCGCCCUGAGGACAAGGCUGCUAAGAAGGAGAGGCUUUUGAAGAGGGCCCAAGCUGAGGCGGAAGGUAAAACCGUUGAGGCAAAGAAGCCAAUUGUUGUUAAGUAUGGUCUUAACCAUGUCACAUACCUCAUUGAGCAGAGCAAGGCCCAGCUGGUUGUCAUUGCUCAUGAUGUUGAUCCGAUUGAGCUGGUUGUGUGGCUUCCAGCCCUGUGCAGGAAGAUGGAGGUCCCUUACUGCAUCGUGAAAGGAAAAGCCCGUCUAGGAUCGAUUGUUCACAAGAAAACUGCGUCUGUCCUAUGCUUGACCACUGUCAAGAACGAGGACAAGCUUGAGUUCAGCAAGAUCUUGGAGGCCAUCAAGGCGAACUUCAAUGACAAAUUCGAUGAGGUCAGGAAGAAGUGGGGAGGCGGUGUCAUGGGAUCCAAGUCACAGGCGAAGACCAAGGCCAGGGAAAAGCUGCUCGCCAAGGAGGCUGCCCAGCGGAUGACCUAAGUUAUAGCCCUCUGUUGAGCUCUCUCCAUGUAGUUUCACUUUUCAGUGUCCUGAUUUUGACGAGGAACUCAAAUUAGCACUGUGCAACCGUGCUGUGGUUUUCUGAGUCUUUAAUUUCAUUUUUUUUCUCUUCAGCGGACCAUGUUGGGAAACUAUGCCAGAUCCAUAGCUGCUAAACCUUUUUGUUCCAUUCUCGCACGACGUACAGGUUUACUGUAUGGCUGUGGAAUAGCGUAAAAGAAUUAUUCAGCUCAAAUUAUUCAGAGCUGAAAUGGUCACGUGCGAAAGCAGAACUAAACAAAAAUUAAGAAACUA